AUGGAUCACCUUCCAACACUCACACCAUCAAAGUCAGUCAAGUUCUCAACUGUGAACAAUGUUCGCUUCAUUGAGAACGUGAACAACAAUAACAAGGAGAAUGAAGCACCAGCAAGACAGUCAACAAAGGAUGCAAUGCUCAACUAUGUCCAAAAGACAUUGAAUAUUACAAUGCCACUCAAGGACAAUAUCAACAUUGCCAACAAGUCAAACACACAGCAACAGAAGCAGCAGUCGACUUGCACUGCCGAGCCAAUGAAGACUGAUGAUUGUAUCUUCCAUGGUGACGUCACAAAGAAGGAGGAGUCGAUCAAUAGACGCAUGAGAAAGAGAAAGACAAUGUAUAUCCCAGACUCGCUGUCGGCCACCACUGUGGAGGCCAAGAAGGAGGAGGUCGAGCAAGACAAUGCCGCCUUCACCAUCACCAGCGCAAUCAGAGCGCGCGCUCAGAGAAACGUGUUCCUCAAGCAGAAGAAGGCCGCCGUUCUCAUCCAGUCCGUGUUCAGACAGCACCGUGCCCGCACCCACUUCCUCAGACUGCGAGGCUCCGCCAUCCGCAUCCAGGCCGUCGUCCGCAUGAGCAUCCAGAGAAAGAAGUACCUCGCAGAGUUGGCCAAUCACAAGAUGGAGCAGGCCAGGCUUGAGGCCCUCGAGCAAGAGAGAGUUGCCAAGGAGAAGGCCGAGCAAGAGAAGCUUGAGCAGGAGAGAAUCGAGCAAGAGAGAAUUGAGGCCGCCAGACUCGAGCAAGAGAGGAUUGAGGCCGCUAGAGUUGAGCAAGAGAGGAUUGAGGCUGCUGCCAGACUUGAGGAGAGGAUCGCGCAAGAGAAGGAGGCUGCUGCUAGAGCUGAACAAGAGAGGAUUGAGGCUGCUGCCAGACUCGAGCAAGAGAGACUGGAGAAGGAGCAGGCCCAGAUGGAGAAGGCAAGAUUGGAACAGGAGAAGUUGGAGAAGGACAAGGCUGAGCAGGAGAAGUUACAGAUGGAGUGGCUCAUUCAGUUUGAGAAUGCAAAGAAGGAGGAGGAGAUGUUGGAGCAGGCCAGGAAGGAGGAGGAGAAGUUGGAGCAGAUGAAGGCUGAGCAAGAGAUUUUGGAGCAGGAGAGGAUUGCCGCCGAACAAGAGAAGCUGGCUCAAGAGAAGAUCGCCCUGGAGAAGGAGAUCCUCGAGGCUGAGAAGUUGGCCGAAGAGAAGAAGUUGGCCGCAGCAGAGAAGUUGGCUGCCGAGGAGAAGUUUGCCGCCGAGGAGAAGCUGGCCGCCGCUGAGAAGCAGGAGGCUGAGGAGAAAAUGAUCAUUGAAUCUGAGCCCGUCGCCAUCCCCGCCACCGCCACUGCCACUACCACUGCCACGACCACGACCACUACCACUGAGGCCCCCAAGAGAGACAGCGCCUCAAUCAGCUCACAGUGGAAGAGCAGAUUGGAGACCAUGAGAAGUAAGAUGGCCGCCUCAUCGUCAAAGUCAUCCAGUCUGAUGAUGCCAACCGCCAGCAGCGAGUCAAAGAAGCGUACCAUCUCUGAGACACUGUCCGCAGUCAAGACCGCCACAGAGGAGUCCAAGAUCCAGAGGACUGCCACCACGACCACAGCCAGCAGCACAAGCGGACUCUCGCUUGAGGAGCGCAAGAAGAACCUUGCCGAGAUGAAGGAGAAGAGAUUGAAGCUCAUCCAGGAGAAGGGACUUCCAGCCACCGCCACCGCCACCGCUCCAGUUACCAAGUCAACUACCUCUGAGCCUGCCGUCGCAACCAAGACCUCCAUGCUGAGGAAACCUGCCACCACUGUCUCCUCUACCACCACAACAUCUACAACUAGUGCACCAUCAAGCAGCGGACUGAAGGCGCCACUGCCAAGACAGAGCACACUGACGUCGUCGGCAUCAUCACUGUCGCGCUCUGCUGUGUCCAAGAAGUAG